AGCAGUAGAAUGGUGUCUGGGGAGGCAGGAGGGCACAGCUACUUGGUGGCAUGCUGGCAGCCCAUCCUGAUCCUCAUGCUGGGCACCGUCCUUUCUGGCUCCACCACCGGUUGCCCCUCCCGAUGUGACUGCAGCGGUCAGGAGCGUUCGGUCGUGUGCCAUCGACGAAGACUAGCAGCUCUUCCUGAGGGCAUACCCACAGAAACUAGGCUGCUUGACCUCAGCAAGAACCGUCUCAAAACUCUGGGGAAUGAGGAGUUCAUCAAUUACCCCCAGCUGGAGGAGCUGCAACUUAACGAAAACACAAUUUCAUCCAUUGAGCCUGGAGCUUUUAGCAACCUUAUGAACCUUCGAACUCUAGGCUUGCGCAACAACCAGCUGAAGCUCAUUCAGCUGGGGGUGUUCACAGGCCUGACCAACCUCACCCAGCUGGAUAUUAGUGAGAACAAAAUUGUCAUUCUGCUCGACUAUAUGUUCCAGGAGCUGUACAACCUGAGGGCUCUGGAGGUUGGUGACAACGACCUAGUAUUCAUCUCACCCCGAUCAUUUCAUGGCCUCAGCAACCUUGAAAGCCUCAACAUCGAGGGUUGCAAUCUUGCCUCAGUGCCCACUGAUGCCCUUAGUCAUUUGCAUAACCUGUUGUCACUUCGAUUAAGCUAUCUGAACGUCACAGUCAUUAAGGAUUACUCCUUUAAGAGGCUGUAUCGGCUCAGAGUGCUGGAAAUUUCUCAAAUGCCUGCCCUGGAUACCAUGACCCCAAAAUGCUUGUUUGGACUCAACCUCACAUCAUUGUCCAUCACAAACUGUAAUCUUACUGUCAUCCCCUACCAAGCCAUCAGUCACCUAAGAUAUCUCCGGUUUUUGAAUCUGUCUUUCAAUCCCAUUCAUACUGUGGAAGGGAACAAACUGUUCAAUCUGCAGAAGCUCCAGGCUUUUUAUUUGGCUGGUGGGAGAUUAGCUGCCAUUGAGCCCUACUCUUUCCGAGGACUCAACCACCUCCGUGUACUCAAUGUAUCCAGCAACAGCUUGAACACCCUAGAGGAGUCCGUUUUCCACUCAGUGGGAAACCUGGAGACUCUGGCUUUGUAUGACAAUCCGUUGGCCUGCGACUGUCGCUUGCUCUGGGUCUUCCGCCGGCGGUGGAGGCUCAACUUUAACCGACAACAGCCCAUGUGCGCUUCACCUGAGGUUGUUCAAGGAAAAGAGUUCAAGGACUUCCCAGACAUUCUUCCUUCUGACUAUUUCAUCUGCCAGAAAUCAAAGAUCAUGGAUUAUAAGGUUCAAGAAAGCCAUGUCGAUGAAGGAACUACGGUUCAUUUUGCUUGCCAAGCUGAGGGUGAUCCAGUCCCUGUGAUAAUGUGGCUAUCCCCUAAGAAGGAAUACAUCACUACCAAAACUGUGGGGUCAAGGCUUUCUGUGUCUAAUGAGGGUACGUUGGAGGUGCGUUACGCCCAAAUCCAAGACAACGGCACCUACUUGUGCAUUGCAAGCAAUGCAGCAGGCAAUGACACCAAAGCUGCUCACCUUUUUGUGCAUAGCUAUUCCCCCAAUUGGCCCCACCAGCCAAACAAGACAUUUGCCUUCAUUUCCAACCAGCCCAGCGAUGAAGGUACUAAUGUGACCCGGGCCACUGUUACAUUUCCGUUUGAUGUAAAGACACUUAUCAUUGCAACCACUAUGGGAUUUAUCUCUUUCCUCGGAGUUGUCCUCUUCUGUCUUGUAAUAUUAUUUCUCUGGAGUCGGGGGAAAGACAAUACUAAGUCAAGUAUAGAGGUUGAAUAUGUGCCACGUAAAGAGGAACCAGAGGAGGCCAGUCCAACCGAGGCACCCAUACAAUUCAACAUGAAAAUCAUGUGA